AGGAGGCGGUUCCGGGGUGGCCCACAGCAGGAGGAAGCUCUGCCAGGAACCCGCCCUGCCCGCCGGGAGCCAAUGGCAGAGGAUAGCGGGCGGGAGCGAGCCCCGCCCACCGCGAGCCCUAGGGGGCGGGCUCAAGGCCGAGGGCGGGGCAGGGUGGCAGCAUGCUAAACCGGGUGCGCUCAGCCGUGGCGCACCUGGUGAGCUCCGGGGGCGCCCCGCCCCCGCGCCCCAAGUCUCCCGACCAGCCCAACGCGACCUCGGCACUGCCCGCCGCCCCUGCAGAAGCGCCCAAGAGCCCUCCGGCGAAGGCUGGGGGCGGGAGCGCGGCACCCGCAAAGACAGCAGAGGCUCGAGCGAGCUUCUCCCGACCGACCUUUCUGCAGCUGAGUCCGGGGGGGCUGCGUCGCGCCGAUGACCACGCCGGCCGGGCUGUGCAAAGUCCCCCGGACACCGGCCGUCGCCUGCCCUGGAGCACGGGCUACGCCGAGGUCAUCAACGCUGGCAAGAGCCGGCACAAUGAGGACCAGGCUUGCUGUGAAGUGGUGUAUGUGGAAGGUCGGAGGAGUGUUGCAGGGCCACCUAAGGAGCCUAGCCCAGCGCAGGGUCUCUGCUUCUACUACUGGGGCCUGUUUGAUGGGCAUGCAGGGGGCGGAGCUGCGGAGAUGGCCUCCAGGCUCCUUCAUCGCCACAUUCGAGAGCAGCUAAAGGACCUAGUAGAGAUACUCCAGGACCCCUCGCCACCUCCCCUCUGCCUCCCGUCCACCCCAGGGACCCCAGGUUCCUCGGAUCCCUCUCACGUGGUUGGUCCUCAGUCUUGCUGGUCUUCACAGAAGGAAGUGACCCACGAGAGCUUGGUAGUGGGGGCCAUUGAGAAUGCCUUCCAGCUCAUGGAUGAGCAGAUGGCCCGGGAGCGGCGAGGCCACCAAGUGGAGGGAGGAUGCUGUGCGCUCGUUGUGGUCUACUUGCUAGGCAAGGUGUACGUGGCCAAUGCAGGUGACAGCAGAGCCAUCAUAGUCCGGAAUGGUGAAAUCAUUCCAAUGUCCCGGGAAUUCACCCCGGAGACCGAGCGCCAGCGUCUUCAGCUGCUCGGCUUCCUGAAACCAGAGCUGCUAGGUGGUGAAUUCACCCACCUCGAGUUCCCCCGCAGGGUUCAGCCCAAGGAGCUGGGCCAGAGGAUGCUGUACCGGGACCAGAACAUGACCGGCUGGGCCUACAAAAAGAUCGAGCUGGAGGAUCUCAGGUUUCCUCUGGUCUGUGGGGAGGGCAAAAAGGCUCGUGUGAUGGCCACUAUUGGGGUGACCCGGGGCUUAGGAGACCACAACCUCAAGGUCUGCAGCUCCAGCCUGCCCAUCAAGCCCUUCCUCUCCUGCUUCCCAGAGGUGCGAGUGUACGACCUGACACAGUACGAGCACUGCCCCGAUGACGUGCUAGUCCUGGGAACAGAUGGGCUGUGGGAUGUCACCAGCGACUCUGAGGUUGCUGCCACCGUGGACAGGGUGCUGUCGACCUAUGAGCCCAAUGACCCCAGCAGGUACACAGCUCUGGCCCAAGCUCUGGUCCUGGGGGCCCGGGGCACCCCCCGGGACCGUGGCUGGCGUCUCCCCAACAACAAGCUGGGUUCCGGGGAUGACAUCUCAGUCUUCAUCAUCCCCCUGGGCGGGCCAGGCUGUUACUCCUGAGGGGCUCGGCCCCGACCCUCCCACCAGCAACCUAACCUCUCCCUGCUUCACCUGCUCCCAACCCAAAUUCCAAAGUUGUCCCCCUGACCUUCUUUAGUGACAAUUUAGCUAAAGAAGGGGUGUCGGUUAAACCCAAAACUAUAGCUACUGACAAAUAAAUCAGAUGGAUAA